AUGUUUUCAUAUUCUUCCUCAAGGCGCUUGUGGGCUUGCGGCUUUUCAUUAUUGAUUCUGUUAUUGAUGAUGAUUUCAUAUUCGGAGGCACAUGUUAUUUGGGAAGCUUUAACCACGACUACAACAACCACAACAACAACAAAACAUUCGCAUCAUCAACCCAAAGUUACGGAAGUACAUUUGCACUAUGAUCGGAAACUUCCAUCAUCGGAAUCUGCAUCCACACAUUUAUUGGCUCUCUCGUUUAGCCUCAUUGCUGGAUUUUCUACUUUUAUUGGUGGAUUUAUUAUAGCCUGUAUUGGUAAGCCUUCGGAUUCAAAAAUUGGGCACAUGAUGGGAUUUGCAAGUGUAUUUCACUUAAUUCCUGAGAGCAUUGAAGAUAUUGGAUAUAUCAAAAGUGCAAUUUCUUUCAUUUUGGGAUGUAUUGUUUUCAUGUUCAUUAGCAAAACCUUACUUGGAGAUACAGAUCAAGAAGAUUUUAUUCUGCAACAUGCCACUUCUUCAUCAAAUGAAAUUGCAAAUUCAGAGAAUGAUCAUGACCCUAAAAAGAGUAUGAAAAAGAGCAAAUCUAAUAGUGACGAAGAGGUUGAUUCUCAAUCAGAAAAGUCGGACAAACUUAAGGAUCGCAGUGUCGCCACCAACCAAGGAAGAAAGGAAGAUGCUCAAAAAAACACUGCAAAAACAACUGGAGAUUCCAUUUCUUCGACCAAACAACAACAUCUCAACAAGAAAAGACUUUAUCACACUGCCAUCAUUGUCACACUUGGGCUUUCAAUUCAUAAUUUACCUGAAGGAAUGGCUGUUUAUACAUCCACCUUAACUCAGUACAAACUUGGACUUAUGAUUGCACUUGCCAUUGGUUUGCAUAAUGUGCCAGAAGGAAUGGCCGUAUCCAUCGCAGUUUAUGCUGCCACCAAUUCCAUCUACCAAGCAUUGAAAUACUCUUUCCUGAGUGGAUUGUGUGAACCAAUUGGUGCUGCACUCUUUGGUGUAUUAAUUUAUGUUGGAUUUUUACCUCAUUAUUUAGUGUAUUAUAUGUUGGCUGGUUGUGGAGGAAUUAUGACCAUGAUUUGUUUCACAGAGUUGAUACCGACGAGUUUGCAGUAUCUUUCCAUUGCUUUUUCACAGAAUCGAAUCUUCUCUAUCUUGCAUUGUUUUUUGGCACACCUUGUUGGAAUGUCUGUUAUUUACUUGUGUAGUUGGCUUAUGGAGCAGUAUGAGCACUAA